AUGUGGACUGUCUGAACUGAAGGAGGGCACCUUCCUCUCCACAGCUUCACCUUCUCCUGGAGGAAUGUAGCUUUCCUGCUGCUUCUCUCCCUUGCUUUGGAGUGGACCUCUGCAUGGCUGGAGAAUAAGGGCAAAGAGAAACCAGGGUUGUGUCCCAGAGAGAGGCUCAGCUGUACCACUGAACUUCCGAACUCAUGCCUCACAGAUUCUGACUGCGAUAACUACCUGAAGUGCUGCUUUUUUGCCUGUCAGAAGAAGUGCCUGGAUCCCUUUCGAGAACCCUGCACGCUACCUGUGAGCCAAGGAGACUGCAAAGAUAGAGCACGGCGCUGGCAUUUUGACUUUGAAAAUUACCGCUGCAGAUCCUUCACCUACAGCGGCUGCAAAGGAAAUGCCAACAACUUCUUAAGUGAGAAUGACUGCAAAACGUCCUGCAUGUUAACUGUUAAGAGUGGACAAUGCCCACUCUUCCCUUUCACUGACCGUAAGGAGUGUUCAUCUUCAUGUCACAGUGACGUCGAUUGUCCCCUAUCAGACAAAUGUUGUGAAUCCAGGUGCGGCUUUGUUUGUGCCCAUGUCUGGACAGUCAAAACAGGUUUCUGCCCACACAAGCCCUCGGCAUGUGCCAAGAUUGAUAAACCCAAGUGCCUGCAGGAUGGUGAGUGCCCAUGGGGGGAAAAGUGCUGCUCACGUUGUGGACUGAAAUGUAUGGACCCCAAAUAUUGAAUAGCAAAUAGAAAAUAUUACUAUCAAAAUCAUUAAUUAUGAGUAGCAUAAUAAAAAGCUGUCGGUUUUGUCUUACAUCCAACUACCUUGCCAAAUUAUCUUAUUAAGUAUCACAAUAUUGAAUGAUGUUACUUCAAUUUUAUAUAUAAACCCAUCAUCUUAAAACGAGGAUAUAUCUGACUCUUUUUUCAACAUCAUGACUUUAUUUUCUUGUCUUCUUGUACUGUAUAGAACCUUCAAAAUAAUAAUGAAAAUAAAGGCAAUGGCAUUCA